AUGGACAGUACGAACGCGCAGAUGUGGUCGAGCGGGGAGCACUACAACGCCAUGGACGCGACGACGGAGCACGACUUUGGCAACCUGAUCGACUUCGACGCCGCCAACUUCGACCACCUGGAUCUGGACUGGCCCGCGCACGAUGGCCAGCAGAUGGCCGACCUGGCCGACUCUCUCGACGUCCACCAUCUGGGCCACUUCACCCCGCAAAUACCCCAGGACCAUCGCGAUGGCGGCGGGGGUGCGCAGCAGGCGCAGAAUAUGGCGGGGACGCAUGGGAUGGGCCAGCCCACGAACGGCUUCUUCGACUACACCAUGGCACAGUACAGCCAGGCCAACACGCCAACCUUCCCCCAGGCCCAAGAGCACAUGUACCGCCCACACCAGCACGUCCCGCCUACGCCCAACAGCGUAGAGAUGCAUGGCGACCCGCACCGCUAUCUACAGCAGAUGGACCCCCAGCAAACGCUGUUCGACCAGAGAUACCACAUGCGCAAGGACGAGACAUUUACCCCGCUAGUUUCGCCAGCAGUAACACCCCACGAUGCGCGCUUUCAGAUACCCGACUUUACCGUCCCAGGAGCCUACUUUAGCCCUCUCACGUCUCCGGCGCUCAAUGCACAAAGUCAGCAGCAUGCGCUUCACCGCUCGCAAACCACCACCUCAGGAAGCUCAACAGGGCACUCGCCCGUCGAUGUGGACAUGGAGAUGCUGGGUGAGCCCGCAAUGGUCCACCAAGAGCAGGGAAGGAGGCUGAGGAGCACCAACAAGAGGAACCCUCCUCGAACGGCGAACGGCAACGGCCGCGUACGACAAUCCCCCAUCGUGAAACCAAACCGGCGGAAAGCAACCGUUUCCUCGCUUAUUCCACCCAAGGAAGUGAGCGAACUGGUGCAAGAGGCACGCCAGACCCGCCCGUCUUCCAACGGCCUGGAUGUACCAUGGAGCCGCGACGCCUCAGAGACCGACUCCAUCUCCCCAGAGCCUUUGUUGUCGGAAAUGCGGCCCCCGCCUAAACCGGUAUCAUCAACGGCCUCUCCUGCAACCAGGGCCCAGCAAAAUGGCCAAAGCACGACGCCUGCCACUCCUGCGUCCCUGAUGCGCAUCCACCCUUCGCCCAACUUCAGUGGGUCCCAUGAGGCACUGCCCAUGUUGGAGGAUCUAACUCUACCGGAAGCCUCUCUGGAUCGGCCAUCGCUGUCAAGAAACAAUACAGCAGUUCACGAUGACGGCGUUGAUACGCCGUGCAUGGUUGCGCGGAAAACGCCCAAGCUGAAUCCUCUGAGCACGCCUGGCGCAACCAUGUCGGGCAGACCCAGUCCGAUGCUUGACCCUACCUCUACACCCACAAGUCCAGCUUUCUCCAUGACCAAUGGCAAGAGGGAUAUAAAGCUAGCGCGCAAUCCGAAGAAGAGAAACAGCGUCAGCUCGAGCAUGGUUAGCCCUGCCCUGAGGCCCAAGAUCUCACCGAGCAUAAAACCUCUGCUUCCAGAAGGCAGUAACUGUUCGGUCGAUAACACGCACGCUCUUCUUCUUGCGUCCAAGUCCAACUACCAGAACAUCCUCGACGGGACCACAGUGCCAGGCGUUGUCUACCCCACCUCGCUAUCCACCAACCUCACGUCGAAGCGCACCUCGCACAAAAUCGCCGAACAAGGCCGCCGAAACCGCAUCAACAUGGCCCUCCAGGAAAUGCAGGCUCUCCUCCCUUCUCCCUUACUCGGUGCCACGGAAGCCAAAAGCCCAGAGCCGUUUGCCCAGCAGUCGAAUAAUUCCAAGGCAGCCAAAGUCGAAAGCGCUAUCGAUUACAUCAAGCAGCUGAAGCAGGAAGUCUCGGAGAAGGACGACAUGCUCACCCAGAAAGACCAGGAGAUGGAGCAGCUGAGGAAGGAGCUGGCUGCGUUGAGGAGAAGGAGCUCGGCGGCUGAGGCUGCAGCGCAAUUGAAGGCCGAACCGUCUUCCAGCCCCAAUACGAGUGAUGAGACUUGA